UCAACAAUGAGCAUACCGAGCACGUAAACUCAGCAGUUUCAAGUUUAAAAUCCGUAUUCACUAUUCAGUACAAUGUGAGACGCCGUCAGUAGUCGUUGUAAUUUUACUCCGCGUAAUUCAAAACAUAAAUACAUUCUGUUUCUAAACUUUUACAAAAGUCAUUGUUUACUUUUUUAAUUUAUCAUAUUCAUGCUCUCGCUGGUGAUAGUGAAUGUGAUUACGCUCCAAUUUAGUUAAUCUGCUAUGUGGGUUUAUUUUUUAAUUGGAUUACCUGUUAAAGUCAAGGUUAAUAUUCCAGAGAUAUUCAAAUGUUAGUAUUUGAUUACUAAUGAACUUUCGAAGAAACAAAUGUAGAAUCGCCGGUUAAUUAAAAAAAUCAUGGAUUAUGAUAGACUAGUAGUAGAAUUUCAUGUAAGAGUAGAGAACUUUAUCUGUGGAUACAGAAUACAAUAAGUCAGGGAAAAAAACACGUUUUUAGUGACGAGGGUGUCUGUAGUUACACUGUAGUAAUAAUUAGUAUUAUCCACCGUCUGAAGAUCGUUGGAGGAAAAGUAAAAUACGUGAAUAAAUAUAAAGGCUGAAGAAGAUCAAAGAUGAGUUCAAGAGUAUUGUUGUCUGUACUGACACUAGUUACUUCUGUGUUUUAUACUCUAGCUGUUCUUGAAGGUCCAAAUGUCUGCGUUCGUCAAGAAGCAUAUACUGUAACAGUAAAUAUAUCAGAAGAAAAACCAUAUCAAGUACGGCAAAAUAAGUGGUGUUUUGCCGUCCCGCCAAGAUGUUCAAGUUAUCAUAUGGAAUUUAAAACCGUAUAUAGAACACAGGUCUUGAAUAAAACUAGACCAGUAGAUGAGUGCUGCAAAGGUUAUGGGGAAACUGCCGCCGGUGAUCGAUGUGUUGCUAUUUGCAGUCAAGAUUGCGUACACGGUACUUGUAUUGCUCCUGAUGUAUGCACUUGUGAACAAGGAUAUGGCGGUCCUUCAUGUGAUAUCCAAUGCCCAGCAGGUAAAUGGGGAAAACAUUGCAGUCAAAAUUGUAAGUGCAUGAAUGGUGCAGCAUGUGACCCAUUCAAUGGAAAAUGUAAAUGUACGAAAGGGUGGACUGGUGAUAAUUGUGAUAAAAAAUGUCCGCCUGACCAUUAUGGCCAAGACUGCGGAGAAGAAUGUCGGUGUAGGAAUGGCGGCAGUUGUCAUCAUAUCUCUGGAGAGUGUCAUUGUGCUCCUGGUUACACUGGGCCUCUUUGUGACGAUCUGUGUCCUGAAGGUCGACAUGGUGACGAAUGUAAAACAGAAUGUAAAUGUCAAAAUGGCGGACACUGUUCACCGACUGACGGUAAUUGUUACUGCACUGCUGGAUGGAUGGGCCAAGUCUGCGGCAAUAGAUGUCCGGAUGGUUAUUGGGGUCAGAAUUGUACUCAAGAGUGUAUUUGUUACAAUGGCGCAGCCUGCAAUCACGUAACGGGUGAAUGUAUAUGUAAACCAGGUUAUCGUGGACAUGAGUGUUUUGAAGUUUGUCCUCGUGAUAAGUGGGGUUUGAAUUGCGAAAAUGAGUGCAGCUGUCAAAACGGAGCUGCUUGUUUGCCAAACAAUGGUACGUGCAUCUGCAAACCUGGGUGGGAGGGCGAACAAUGCGAGAAACGAGCUUGUCCUGAUGGUCGUUGGGGUAAAAAUUGUCAGAAGGUAUGUGAGUGUGAAGAAUCCAAUACCGAGCUUUGUCAUCCAUGGUCCGGUAGCUGUAUCUGCAAGAUUGGGUGGGAUGGCGCCAAAUGUUCGAGACCAUGUCCGUAUUACUAUUACGGCAAAGGCUGUGAGGAACGCUGCGCUUGUAAAAAUGGCGCCCAAUGCUCUCCGAUAGAUGGAUCCUGCAUCUGUGCUGCUGGUUUUCGCGGCAAAGAUUGCAGUGAAAAAUGUACUAAUAAUUCGUACGGUGAAGACUGCACUCAAAAGUGUGCUUGUAAAAAUGGCGCUUCUUGUUCGGCGGACAUCGGUCGCUGUAAUUGCACUGCAGGAUGGGAUGGUGUUCUGUGUGAUCGACCUUGUCCAGACGGUUCAUUUGGUAAAGAUUGUGCAGAUAAAUGUCAAUGUCUCAAUAAUGCCGCUUGUGAUCCACAAAAUGGGACGUGUACAUGCGGAGCGGGUUAUAUUGGCGAGCACUGUCAGCAGCGUUGUUCUCAUGGGCUUUUUGGUCAAGACUGUUCUCAAGUUUGUGACUGUGAAGAAGACAAUAGUCUAGAUUGUGAUCCUACAACAGGACAUUGUAUUUGUAAACCGUCAUGGCAAGGAAUAAGAUGUGAAACACGAUGUCCGAUUGGUUAUUAUGGUAACGACUGUCAGUCACUUUGUAAAUGUAAUAACAAUAGUUCUUGUGAUCCUAUAACUGGCGCUUGUGUUUGCGCACGCGGAUGGGAAGGUUCCGACUGUUCUAAGCCUUGUAAGCAUGGAUGGUAUGGCGUACGAUGUAAAGAAAAAUGUCCGGAAAAAAUUCACGGAAAUAUGACGUGCGACCACGUGACUGGGCAGUAUGUGUGCAGACCCGGUUAUCUAGGGUUGACUUGUGAGCAUUCGUGUCCACCGGAUCGGUGGGGUCUCAAUUGUCUAAAUCAUUGCGACUGCAAGAAUGACGGCGAGUGUCAUCACGUCACGGGAGCCUGCCAGUGUCGGCCAGGAUGGCAGGGAGAUCGCUGUCAAACGCCAUGCGCCCAAGGUACUUUUGGGGUUAAUUGCACUCAGAAUUGCAAAUGUCAAAAUGGCGGCAAGUGUCGUGCAAAUGAUGGAGUCUGUAGGUGCGUUCCUGGAUGGACCGGAGCUCGGUGUACUGACAUCUGCCCAGAAGGUUACUACGGCGACCACUGUAUGGAGCCAUGCGAGUGUAAGAACGAUAAUUUCCAAUGUCAUCCCGCCAAAGGGUGCGUCUGCCGCUACGGCUACACUGGUCCAAACUGUGAGGACGAAAUAUUGUCACGCAAUGUCCAAGAAAAGACUGAGUCCAGCGUAGGCAGUGUCGUAGCCGGUAUAUUUGCCGCGAUAAUCGUAAUUGCCGCGACUCUCGCCGCCUGGAUGUACCACCGACGUCGCGUGGCCAACCUCAAAAUGGAAAUGGUCCAGGUUCAGUACAUUGCUGAACCCGUGACUCCUCCAGACCGUAACCAUUUUGACAAUCCUGUUUACUCAUGUCAGCCAAAUUCUCCUCGCACUGAUGACGCGACAAUGCUCCUUAAUAAUGGAUUAAUUAGAAAUAAUUUAGGGACUAAAAGUAUUAACAGUGAAAAAGCUAAAUUAGGGUUAGGUUUAGGAUUAGGAUUAAAUGGAACAGGCGCAAGUUGCUAUGGAGAUGAUGACGACAAUGACAGCAGUAAAGGCGCCUAUGGGAUACAGUAUGACCAUCAAGCCUCGUUAAAAAAUAAAGACGCUGACUUGGGUAACCCUAAUGUCAAUGUUUACCACAGUAUUGAUGAAAUGGACAGCAAAAAAGGCCCCGAGCAUCUUUACGAUGAAAUAAAACAAAACAAUGCGGAGCUAGAGUACGACCACUUGGAUUACACGCGACCAUUGAGUGCAUGGAAGCCUCACUAUCAACGCAUGGCAAAUGGCUUUGGUCCCAGUAGAGACGGAAGUGGUUCCAGCAAAAGUGGAUCCAUUAAUCCCCAAGACCCGGAGCUUGGGCGCCAAUGAAUCUCUUUGAAACAAACUUACACAUUGUUUCAGUUUUUUGUUCGAUCAAAGAACCGAACAAAUAACAUUUUUUUAGUUUAUUUUUUUUACUUCUAUUUGCGCGGAUUUUAUUUGUGCAAUUGAGACUUGUAAAUAUUUUAUAAGAUUCAUCUUUAAGUUUUAUUAAUGCAUGAUUAAUAGUAAUUAAUAUAUGGAUAUUAUUUAAUCACUGCCUAGAUUAUAGUCUAGGGUAAUUAAGUACGCGUGUCUACCAUGUAAUUAAAUGUCUUAAGGUUGAAAAAUAAUUUUGGGGCCAUUCUCACAGUCAAAGUCCCCCCCCACUUUUUAAAAAUAUUUAAUGACUCAAUGCAAUGACCGCAUUUAAAUUUUGGUAAUUAAUUAAAGAAAAGUUGAACUAUUAAUUGAAAAAAGGACAGCGCAGUUACAAUUUCGCCAAGACAUAGAUUUUUAAAAAAAUUAUUUACAGUAGAUUUCAAUUAGGAGUCAACCGAAAUUUUGAAAAUAAAUUGAGUAUAAUUUUCAUAAAAUUUCCAAGUACUAAGGUAAGUGACCCCUUUAUCGGCCAGGCCCCCUUUAUUGGAUACUUAGUCGAAAAAUCGAUAUAUUUCCACAAUAAGUACGUAUUCAAGCGUAAAUAGUUUUUUAAAAAAAAGUAAAAUUAAUCUAGUUUAGAUAAAACAUACUUUGAUUAUUGUAAAAAUUCAUUUUAUAAUUAAAAAAAAAAUAGUAGUGCGUCAGAUGCGAUUUCUGGUGAUUUCUUAUCAUGUAGGUUAAGUAUUCUUGUUUUUUCAAUAACCGAUUAAUAAUUAAAAAUAACAAUAAAAGUCCGAUUUUUUUUUUGUAAUCUUAUUAGCUUGUUUCAUAGUAAUUUUAUGAGUUGAAAAUUUAAUGAUUUUUGCCUAAUUUAUAUUAAAAAUAGGGUGGCCGAAUAUAGAUACAAGAAAAUUACCUCUGUUUGCAUUAUCGGCCACCGUAGUUUUAUUUUUUUUGAGGUUAUCAACAUUUAUAUGCAAAAUAGUCAAUUUUAUUUGUUAAUGUCAAAAUAAAUAAACAAAUUGAUUAAGUUAAAUUUCAAAAUAAAUAUAAAUAUUUAGAAUAGAUGUAAAUAAAUUAUAUACAUCCGAUCAGCUAAAAUUUUAUCUAAAAGGUGGCCGAUAAAAAAAGUCUAGGCAGGCCGAUAGAGGGGACAUCAGGAAUUGAAGUUUUCAUUUAUUAGUUAAUUUCUAAUAAAUAUUUUUACAUAUAUUUUUUUUUAAUUUGAUGUUAAAUAUAUAAGCUUCAAGGUUCUAUCACUGUUUUAUACAUGAAUAGGUUUAUUAUAUUUUAAUUCUUAAUUCGAAAAAAAAAAAUCCGCUUAACUGGCUGAUGGAGGGGUCACUUACCUUAAUUGAUAAAAACUGGGUAAUUUUUUUAAAAAUCUAUGUCGGCGCAAUGGUAACUGCGUUGUCUUUUUUUCAAUUAAUGCUUUAAUUUUUUUGAAUUAAUCAAUAACAUUUUAAAACUGUUGUGACAGUUCGUCAUUGAAUAUUUUUAAAAAGUGUGUGGGGGCACUGCCUGAGAAUGCUCUCAAUAUUUUAUAUAACAAAAAAAAACGAAAAAAGUUUUCUAAGACCGCUAUAUUUUUAAGACGUAAAAAGUCAAUUAUUCUUCGAGUCUAUGAAACUUAAAAUUUUUUAAAAAUCUUUAUUUUUUCUCUCAAUGUCAAUAUCAUUUUUAUUAAAAUUAAAUCUGAAUUAUCGGAAGAAUAUUUAAAAUAAAAAUUCUAAUAAUUAAUCAUUUCUAAAAUGUCAAUUAAUAUAUAGUAAAAUUCAUUAAAAUACUAGACACAUUUUUUGACGCAGGUUUUCCGUUAACGCUAUCGCUGUUACAAAUUUAUAGACAUUAAAUUCAUUAGAAUUAAAACGAUAAUUAACUGCUUAGAAUAUUACACGGAGAAAAAAAUAUUGCGCUCACCACUCAACGGUAUCGUGAUAUUUACUCUCCUCGGUUGUUUAUCCGUUGUAUACGGAAAGUGCUGGUCUAUCGGAUCGUGAUUAUCACGAUACAGGCGGAUCCCGAAAUCAUAAGAUCGUUUCGCUAUAGUAACGAUCCGUUUUGUUAUUAUAACUAAUUUGAGGUUAAAAUAGAUAAAUUUACAACUUUAACUUCAUUACAAUUUUAUUUUUAGCUGUCAUUAAUAAUCACAUAUUAAUAAUUCUAAUAGGUGCAAUAAAAAAUUAUUAUUUAAUAUCAAGAAAUGUAAAGUAAUAGAAUAUACUGAAUUAAUUGAUGUAAAUUUUACAGUCUUUUUUUUUGUUUCAAAGAUAAAUUAAAAAAUUAAUCGAUAAAAAACAGAAAUUCUUGCAUUAAAUAAAUAAUUAGUAUUUUUUCAUUGUCGUUGUGUGCGCUUUAAAUAAUUAAUAAUUUUAUAAAUAAACACUGUAUAAUUUGCAAGAUAUGCAUUAUAAAGUUUAAUAAUUUGGUUAUGAGUGGUGGCGCUUGAGAAGUAGAUCGCGAUAAUCACGAUCCGUUUUGGUACGAUAUGGAUACGUUAACUGACGAGCACUAUACAUAUAAGUAUAUGCACAAUCCGUAGGAUCAUUAUUAUAAGUAUCUAGUGUUUCAUUCAUAUCGAUAUAUAUAUUGUGGUAGUAGCAAUACAGUUUAGAACUAAUCACAAUACACUUGUCGCUCUCCGUUGGUGAGCGAUAAACACAAUAUUUUUUUUUCCGUGUAAUUUGUAUUUAAUCACUUUAUUGAUAAUUCAGCACAAAAUAUUUUAAAUUUUUUUCGAAUAAGCUAUUGCUCGAUUUUAAUUAACGAGUAGCGGUUGUAUAUAUAUGAUAUAUAUCAAAAAAUUUUAUCUUUCACAUGAUAUAAGUUAAAAAAAAAAAUGAACUCUAACAUUUGAACAAAUAAUUUUUUAUGAAAUUUAUCCUUCCUCAAGAUGCAAUUGAUCUGAUCUGAUCAAAUCUUAAUUUAUAAUUUUUAUUUUAAAUUCUAUAUAUAUAUAUAUAAUUUAUAGGAUUAAGAUUUAUUGUAUAAUUCUAAUGAUAGUUGUAAAUUUAUUAAUUAUUAUUAAUUAAAAUUUUAUUUUUUUCUAUAUUAUAAUUUAUAACAUCUUUUUUUUUACUAAUUAUGAACUAUAUAAAUAUAUAUGAUUUUUAUUCUGUGAUAAGUCAAUAAGAUUCGCAAUAUAUAUGAAUCGUAUUAGACAUUAAGUGACCAUAGCGAAAAGCAAUAAAAGAAAUUAAAGAGAAAAGUAAAAAGAAAUAGUUAAUAAUAAUUAAUUAAUUGAUAUAUUUAUAAGUGAAACUAUAUAUAUAUUGAUAAUUUUGUAGUGUUGUGUAUAUUUAAUCGGAAGAAAAAUAUAAAUGAUAAUUUUAAAAAACAA